AUGAAAGGACAACAUCACAUCCCUUCGUCUUGUGUACAGAUACUGCCCGCAACUCGUCUCUCUCCUCAGUCCAGGCGACGGGUGGACGGCGCAGGCUUCAGGCUGUUAAACCUCCGAAACCAUGGCCCAGGACAUGACUCUGCUGUGGGGCUCCGGCUCCGUUCCCUGCUGGAGGGUGAUGAUCGCCCUGGAGGAGAAGAACCUGCAGGGCUACAACCAAAAAAUGCUCUUCCUCGAGAAAAAGGAGCACAAGUCCAAGGAAGUGUUGGCUAUAAAUCCCCGGGGACAGGUUCCCGCUUUCAAACAUGGAGACAUCACUGUGAAUGAAUCCUGUGCUGCAUGUUUUUACCUGGAGAGUCUGUUUAAGUCCCAGGGAAACAAACUGAUCCCAGACAGCCCGGCAGAGCAAGCGCUGAUGUACCAACGCGUGUUUGAGGGUCUCACAUUCAACGAAAAACUCAAUGCGGUAGUCUACUAUGACUGGUUUGUCCCUGAGGGAGAGAGGCAUGACUCAGCUCUUAAGAGAAAGAGAGAGGCUCUGGCCACUGAACUCAAACUCUGGGAGGGUUACCUGCAGAAGCUUGGCUCAGGCACUUACCUGGGAGGACCAUCCUUCUCACUAGCAGAUGUGACCAUUUUUCCAACUGUUGCUACUUUUUUCAGAUUUGGGUUAUCUGCAGAGCAUUACCCUCAACUGGGAAAGUACUACGCUCAGCUGAAGGAGAGACCCAGCAUCAAAGCCACCUGGCCUCCUCAUUGGCUGGAGAAGCCCAUGGGAUGUGACACACUCAAAGACAUCUGAUAUUCACACUCACUUCGAAGCCACGUCUGCCUGUAACGUAGCAGUCUGGUUUCUCUAAAAAUGCUUUUGCUUUUGCUUUUGUUUAGUAUAGUUUUAACUCACACUUUUUCACUGUUGGCAUAGCAGAGUUACAAGAGCAGUUAAUGCAUUUUGAGUCUUCCUAUAGGUUUCAACCUUAGUGUUGAAUGUGAAUCACCUCUAUCAGAGAGCAUUGAGUCUGCAAUGAUAGCAUAGGCCAAAUAAAACCAAGCUGUGGCUGCUGAAGGCGUCAACAAAGUCUGAGAGUAAAAGAUGAAGAGUUUGAAUGUUAUGUGAUUAGAUGACCAUAUAAGAGCUGAACGCAACAUUGCAUUAACGCCAUAAAACCCCAAUAUUCAGGUUUAGUACACCACAGAUUAGAUUGCAGUAGAAAACGUAGGCGGUGUCUUUGAGGACGUGACAUAUUUGUUUGAUCGUCUGAAUGCACAUGCCAGAGCUGGUUUUCCUCUGCACCAGUUCUGCAGGUAACUGGAAUGCCCUGUGUCAUCAGAACUUUGCAUGCAGUGAAUGAGACAGUUGUACAUCCCAUCCUGUUCAUGAUUUUGCAUUUUACGCAGAAUGCAGACCCUCUUUGUGACAUUAACUGCAGUUAAAAUGUAGAUAUAUAAAAUGUAGAUUUGUGCACCAGCCAUGGAGAGGUGUUUUACAUAUGAGCUUGGGUUGAGAUCCUGCACACUCUACCGUGAGUGCAGCAGCUUUCACAGUUCUAUGGUCUACGUCUUGGCCCUUGAAUCCAAUCUACCGGCUGAAUGUUUCGGAUCUUUCUCUGAGCUCAUGCUUAGUUCUUGGCUCUGUGGACUGGGAGCUUCCUGUUUUGCCCCAUCAGCUGGUGAUUACAGGGGCAGUUGGUAUUUUAUUUGGAAAAGAUAAAACUCUCACGGGGCAUCCCCAUCCAACCAACAGCCUCUGCUUCCUGUCUGACAGGAGCAAUACACAUAUGCUUGGUGUCAGUUCAGGAGUUCACAGACAUGGAAUACUUAAGGAAUAUGUGUACUGUUCACUGUAAGAUCCAUCACACUUGGCUUUAAAAGCAUGCAUGCAUCAGUGAACCAGUAGCCUAUGCUGGAAACAUCUGCAGCCACGGGUCUCACUCUUCCCGACAAUGCCAGUGAAUUAAUGCUGAUGAUCACACGCUGACAGUCAGCCCGCAAGACCAAAUUUAUGAUAUUCGAAAAUAAAAGCCAAAUAGUGGGGAAACACCAGCUCUGAAUAAUAAAGGCCUUGUGUAACCGGUGAGUUAAAAGAAGUCAGUAUGUAUACGUAUCAGAGAGCUUCAUCUUUUCUACGGCGCCUCUACAUUAAAAAGGAAAACUGCAACCUGAA